CUGUAAUGUCCGUGUAACGGAGAUGCUCCCCAGUCAAUCCACUGGAGGGGGUGCCAUAGUAAAGAUCUGAUACGAGACGGUAUCCAGAUUACUGACUCCCCUGUGCCGUGGCUCUUCCCCUUUUCAGCCGUUGAUGGGCGGGAGGGACUCGGACGGCGUUCGCCUUUCGCUACCUUGUCUGGGCGAUGAUCGAGCAGGUUGACGUCCGCAGGUGUACCUGGUCUUCUCCGUGGCUCUCUGGAAGACUCAUUUUUGAACCCCUUCUUUCCCCGAUCUUUGUUUUGCUCCUCCCCCUCUCUCGUUCCCUUGAUACUUUACCUCGCUGGAAUCCCUCCCGCUCUCUUGUGCCUCUCCGCAGCUGCCCGCCUGGAAGCGGUGAAAUUGUUUGGCCUCUUCCGAGGGUGAAACUAGCCAACCACAGCGCGCGAUCACGACAUUUCUCCAUUCUAUCAGAUCAUCCGCUAGCCUUGCCCGGGCAUGAGACGAUCACCACAACUGCGCAGUCCUUGGUGCUUAUUCCCCGGCUUGACGCUCUGUUUUCUCAUCUUUUCGUCCUGGUGAUACAUGGUCCGGUUGCUGGUCCUUUCCUUUCUGCAAUCAACCUGAACUAUCCCCCCCUCUCUUAAUCUGGCCACACUUGGUCUCGAUCCACACCUCGAGUCACUAGACAGUGGCCCUGCCCUUCCCCCCCGGUCGUCCAUUGUCCAUUGCUCGUGCUUCUGCGUACGUGGCUAGCCCGUCCCGGGCCAUGCCAUAGUGAUGAAGUGAAUGCAGAACAGAUAUCUUUGCUACAAGUCACCCAAUCUGCACCCUGCGAAAUUCCUCCCAAUCUGUAUUAUUCCCGAACUUGCCUCCCCCCCUCCUU